GUUUCCUAGGCUCCUGCCUUUCUAGGGAGUUUUUCCUAGCCACCGUGCUUCUACAUCUGUAUCGCUUGCAGUUUUGGGUUUUAGGCUGGGUUUCUGUAUAAGCACUUUGUAACAUCUGCUGAUGUAAAAAGGACUUAAUAAUUAUAUUUGAUUUGUUUGCCUGAACCUUCUCAGCCUGAUGUUAUUCACAACAUCAUAAAGCUCUAAAAGCUUUCAUUGCACAAAUUGCACCACUCACACUCCCGAUGCUCUAUAAAUGUCAUAGGUUUAAUAAAAGGGGCCAGUUCUGCCAAUAAUCAUAUUAAAUGUAGCACAUUAUAAUAAGAGUAUUCAUGAUAUAGAUAAAUACAGACAGUAGUGACCAAUCAUUUGGAGUUAAUAUAAUUAAUAAAAUUGUAUCACCAAAAAAAUAAACAUAAAAAAGUAGUUGACAAAUUGUAAAACUAUAGCUAGAUAAUUUCCUUUUACCAUCAAUGUCAUGAUCUUGACCAUGAAAUUAGAACACGGACAAAUAUUUUUUUAAGCAAAAAUAUCUUUAUUUUUAUUUUUUAAAUACUUAUUUGAUUGACAAAAAUAGACAAAUUAUUAAAGUCAGACAAGAACACAUACAAAAACCACUGUACAUAAAAGUCAGUUGGGACAGACCACAUUACUUAAGACGUCAAAUAUUACAUUAUAAUAUUAUUCUAAAGUACAGACACGUUUUCUGUUACUAUGUAAUCUGAGGGAAUUUAAUUUUAAAAAAAAUAGUCAAUUAAUGUCAAACGUUGAUUUUUUUUGGUGCAUUUUUAGCUAACCCUAACCCUAAUCCAAACCCAUGAAUAGCCGAGCCGACAAAGUGAAAAAUCUUUCGCUGUUCCCUCGGGCACCAUACUACUAUGGCUGACGCUGUUUAAAAACAACACAUUUCACUGCACAUAUCCCGUGUGUGUGACAAUAAAACGUGUUUUAUGGUACGAAAGUCGUGGACUUUUAUUUUGAAACGUUGUCGGCGUUCAUGACACCGGAAGUAAACUCUCACGUUGCAAGCGCAAAACAGCGGCAGCACACAUGUUGAAGCAAAAGCUUCACACAACGACGAAAUGGAGUUACAUUUGAACAAAACAAGCUCACAAGACUUGCUCGCGUGUGGCAACGGAGGAGGUCUUCAUGACAAGCUUCUCCUCAAGUCGAAGGGGCCCAAGGCUGGCAGGUCUUUGCAGACCGAGAGGGUCCCAAGAAGUAGUGUUCUGGACAGACUGCAGAACUUCCUGCCCCAGAUGGCCCAGGCCAAUGAGAAGCUCAAGUUGCAGAUGGAGCAGGCACCUGAUGGCCACUAUGACAUCGAGAGGGUGGAGGAGUCUGGAAAGGUCAUAGAGAUGGAUGUGUCGCUGGUGGAGCUCAGUAGUUCGGACAGCGACUCGGACAGAGAGUCUUCACAGGACAACGACGCCAGCGACUCUGAGGAGGAGAGCGAGCUCACAGAGGAGAACCUCAAACUGCCUGGCAACAGCCAGAGGCAGAAAAAGAAGGUUCAUAUCCAAGUCCUGGAGAAACAAGAGGAUUAGGCCGUUAUAGGCCCCUAAAGAGACUACUGGGACAGUUGCAGUGUAGAAUGUUGACAUGCGUUGGUAAUACUAAUCAACUGAUGUGGGAUCCGUUCUCCUUCUCCAAGCCCUUUUCAUAACCAUUAAAUAAGAACUGAUCGUGGGUCAGUGAGGAUAUGGUCCUGGAGGGCUAAUGGAUUAACAGUGUUUCAGUGAGUGGAGACCAGCUGCAGUGAGGGAUAAAGGGGACAUAGGUGUCUACAUAGGGGGGUGUCUGUACUAUAAGGGCCAAAUGUGUCAACAAGUGUUUCAGUGCUAUUUGAGCCAUACUGAGAUGGGGACUAAGCAUUGAGUGCAUUCUCAAGAUUGUGAAGUAAGAAUAUGCCAUAUAAUUUCCUGUUUAUCUGAUGACCCUAGGAUACUUGUAAGGUUAAAGUUCAUAGCGGCUUGAUGGUAUAUUGAUGGCAGAGAAAGAUCUGUAUUAAAUCCAUUUAAUAGAUCAUAUUGUUUGUGUACAUUAAGUAUUUAAGCAGAAGUGUUUGACUGAAUUUCUCAUCUUCAAUACCAAAUGCUUUAUUAUAUCUGUCUGCUUUGUGUUAUGGAUAGGCUUAGUCCCAGCAUUCUGUUAUGGUUGGUCACAAGGUUUGUGAGUUAUGAAGUUUUUCCCAGAUUAAUUAUUUCCUGAAACAAAAAGCACCAAAACUGUAUACUGUGUUUCAUAAUAAAAAUGUUAUGAAAUCCUAGGUUGUUGUGAAUGACAACAUACACCAACGCACUUGGUUAAAAGGAAGUAUAGACCAUGACAAUGGAUGAAGAAAGAAAUCAAGGAGUUUAUUCGCCAUUGUACAACAUUUAUGUUGGAAGACAAACAAUGCUGUAUUGGGGCUGGUUUUUGCACAAGGUUUGGGGGAGAAGAGUCUCCCACAUCUCCAUAGAGACCAGAUUUCCCUGCAGUUUUCAAAAUGCUAAUUAAAA